CCCGCCCUGGCCAGCCCGCGGGUGCCGCCCUCCAGGAGGCACUCGGCGCCCCCCGGCUGGCCGGGGCAGAGUCCCUGCGCCCCGCGGGAGAUGCACGCCUGCCCGAUGCUCCCGGCCACGCCGCUCCUCCUCCUGCUCUGCCUCCGGGGCCGCAGCGAGGGAGGGGGCGCCGCCGGGCCCGGGCCCGGGCUGGAAGCGGGCGCGACGACCCCUGCGCCCCCGGCGCGCGCCCGGUUCCUGGCCCGGACCUUCCAGCACGUGCUCCACUGGGCGCCCGGCGGCAACCGCUCGGACAGCCUCCUCUUCGAUGUGCAGUACAAGCGGUACGGCAACCACAGCUGGACGCCCGUGCCCCGCUGCACCGCCAUCACCAGCCACUUCUGCGACCUCACCGACGAGACUCGUGAGCCCUUGCGGCGUUACUUCGCGCGAGUCCGGGCCGUGGCCGGGAACGGCACCUCCCCGUGGACGAGCACGGCCGCCUUCUCGCCCAAAGAAGCAACGCUGCAAUUGUGGAACAUGAGCCUGUCUCUCUCUGGCAACGUGAUCCAGGUGGCUCUGGAACUUCCUGUCCACAGGUGGAAGAACGCCACCAUCACCUAUGAAGAUGUGCACCCAGGCAGGUGGGGACAGUACCAAGUCUAUGUCCGGAGAGCAUCCGAUGACUUUCAGUAUGUGCUUGUGGAAAGCAGCCUGACUUUUGAUCUCCCUGCGCUGUUGUGGGGGGAGCGUUAUUGUGUCAGCGUGGAGCUCCACCUGCCCUCCCGGCCAAAUCACACCAAGCGGACAGAAGAGCAGUGCAUCUCAACACCUCCCCCAAAAGACCACGCAAGGGCCAUGGUGCUCCUGAGCCUGUCCCUCCUCGGUCUGGUGGCUCUUGGUGUUGCAGGAACGCUUUCGGUCCGUGCUUAUGUGAAGAGGCCUGUGGAGAUGCCGUCUGCACUGAAGUCUCUCCUGAGGCAGCCCUCACCCUGGAUGCUGAGCGAGGUGAGAGGCUUGGAGCUGUGCGUGGAAGUGGAGUCCGUCUGUCCGAUUUCCCUGGGCCCGAAGGACCACGCCCACUUGAACAGCAGGGGAGCAGCCGGGCUGGCCCCAGAGAAGAGGGUGGGCUGGUUGCCCAAAGCCAGUGGCCAGGCAGAAGCCCAGAGGCUCGGACACCUGAUGGACAGCAGCGGUUGCAGCACGGACAGUGGCAUCUGCUUGCAGGAGCCCCUGGGCAGCCUCAGCCGCCUCCUGCCCACCGGCCCUCUCGGACACAGGAGGGGGUCACUGGGGAGCAGCCAAAGGGGGGGCCUCCAGGCAGAUUGUGGCCUUGGGGCAGAAGAGUCAGGGCUUCGUGGAGCUCCCCCCUCCAGUGAGAAGGAACCAGCAGCCCUGGACUUGCCGGAGAUGCUGCAACAAGCGGGCCCACCCUGUGCGCAGCUCCCUGGGCCGCAGAGGCAGGCAGGGGGCCCGCUGGAAGUGACAGGCUCUGCCAGCUGUAAGGGUGUGGCCCAUUCCAAGGCAGUCUUGCCUUCGGGCUAUUUGAAGCAGGCCUCGGUUGUGGUCCCCUCUGUGCAGGGGCCACUGGAUGUUGCCCAGGAGCCAGGCCAGGGUGCCCCCCUCGGCAGCACACACCGCGGGAGAUGGCACUGUCCGUCCAGUGUGGCCCCGGGGAGCUUGGAGUCCCUGCAACUCCUGCCUGAAUUUUCAAAGGCCCUCCUGGCUUCGGGCUUCUUGGAGCAGGAGCCUGCCUGGCCACCCCCAGCCCUCUCCCUCUUGCGCUCCAGCACACAGCUGCCCCUGACUCUCCCGUGGGGCCGGGUGUGAGGAGGGCUCUCUCUAGAGCCUCCAGGCAGAGGAGCCUUGAGACGCCAGGCAGGGAGUGCCGAAAAGGUGGGAUGGGUGGGCCCUCGCCAUGAUAGCCCU